AUCUCUCUCCACCGUCCAGCGUCGUCGUCUCCAUUUCUACUGAAUCCUUAGUAAUGGCGUCUCUCUUGCGCAUCUUAACAUCCGAACCUCUCGCUCACAAGGUGAAUCAGUUCAGAUUAAUCUCAACGGCUUCAUCACUCCUCACUAGCAACCAUCACAAGAAGAGCCGGCACGUCCUCUCCCUCCUCAGAACCGAGAACAAUCCAGAUCGAAUCCUCGAGAUCUGUAGAUCCGCUUCCCUCACACCCGACCACCACCACCUCCACCGCGUCGCCUUCUCCGUCGCGGUGGCGACACUAUCCAGCGCGAAACACUUGGCCGCCGUAUCACACCUCCUCGACGGAGUGAUCAAGAGCCAACCGCAUCCGAAACCCGAGAGCUUCGCCGUCCGCGUGAUCAUCCUCUACGGGAGAGCGAACAUGCUCGAGCGGUCUCUACAAACAUUCCACGACCUCGAGAGGUACGAGAUCCAGAGAACGGUGAAGUCGUUGAACGCUCUGUUACUCGCUUGCUUGGCGGCGAGGGAUUACGAAGAAGCGAGACGAGUCUACUUCGAAACGCGGAAGGAGUACGGCGGCAUCGAGCCUGAUCUCGAGACGUACAAUCGAAUCAUCAAGGCCUUGUGCGAAUCGAACUCGACGGGCUCGUCCUACUCUAUUGUCGCGGAGAUGGAGAGGAGGCGUGUGAAGCCGAGGGCUUCUACCUUCGGGUUGAUGAUUGAAGGUUUCUACAAGGAGGAGAAGUACGAUGAGGUGAGGAGAGUGGUGAGGUUGAUGAGAGAGUUUGGUGUUCACGUGGGUAUCGCGACGUACAACGUCAUGGUUCGGUGUUUGUGUGAGAGGAAGAGAACUAGAGAAGCUAAGGCGUUGCUUUGUGGAGUUAUGUCGACUAGGAUGAGACCCAACUCAGUGACGUAUUCUCUUUUGAUUCAUGGGUUUUGCAGCGAGGGGGAUUUGGAUGAGGCGAUGAGUGUGUUUGAGGUUAUGGUGAAGAGUGGGUGCAAGCCGGGUUGUGAGUGUUACUUUGAUUUGAUACGGUGUUUGUGUAAAGGAGGAGACUUUGAGACGGCUUUGGUGCUUUGUAGGGAGAGUAUGGAGAAUCAUUGGGUUCCCAGUUUCAGUGUCAUGAGGUGGCUUGUUCAUGGACUUGUUGGUAGUAACAAGGUUGAUGAAGCUAGAGAGGUGAUUGCGCAAGUGAAACACAAGUUUUCAAGAAAUGUUCACUUGUGGAAUCAAGUUGAAGCUGACUUGUCUCGGUGAACAUGCUUAUGCUGCGAGAGUUAACUACCUAUUUUCUAUCUAAUUGUCAUGUAACAUGUUUCGAUUCCCCCAUGAACAAUGGAGUUACACUUGAACCCAAUGUAUAUAAUUUUUUAAGGAGAAAUCAGAUUCAAUCUCUUAAACAUA